UAUUACACAAGUACAUAACACUCAGCGUGUAAGUGAGUACGGUACUAGGUAAGUAACCUUGUUAGAAAUAGGGUGUGGGUUUACCCCUCAAAGAGAAGUACGCCGUAGAAGGAUGACGCUAAAUAGACUAUCAUCUAAACAGUACCUAACUCUAUCCUUUAUAUAAUUUAUUUUUGAAGGGAGAGAAGGAGAAAAAGAGAAAAUUGGGGGAAAUAAUAACCCAAUGCAAACAAUACUUACGUCAGAAGCAAUCGAUGAUGUCGUUCCCCGAUACCGUUAGUGGAUUACUAAGGGCACUGCUCUUAUCCCUACGCGCUAUUGGUUCCACUAAUAAUAGAAUCCACGAGCCCGGCAGCGGAUCUAGCGGCGUCAAUUUUUACGCCGCGGAAUUGGAGCUCCAACCUUGGCCCGUCGCUUCCUCAACCACGCGAAAAAGUGCCAAAAGUGCGACAGUCGCUACCCGUUGCGCCGAAUAUCGUAAUCGCCGCGGAUUCCGAUUGCCGGACCUGCCCCGACUAACUGUCAUUCGUAGUAGGAGCAAGAGUAGGAGCGGCGGACGCAGAACUCGUUCAAUCAACCGCAUAAUAUCCUUCGACAGCAACGUUAGCACAACCAACGACGGCUUAGAGCGCAGUACGAAUAGUUCCCGCUGGAAUGCCGCGAGGCAUAGGAGAGCCGUGAGGAAGAAGCAUCAGGCAAGUCAGGUCUGCUGGAGAGGGUACUGGGGAUAAGGCAAACGAACGAAACCUCGAUGGCGAGAAAGCCAAAAUACCCCGCCAUGGCAUCCAACAAGCCACCACCACCCCCACCCCCACCUCCACCAGCGCAAACACCGCCCCCCGCGAACCAGAUCCCCCGCCCCCCGCGCAUGGCCUUCAAGACCUGGUUGCUGACUGGAGCCUUCGCAGCCGUCGCGGUCGUCGGCGCGAUCUACGGAGCGGGGCUGAAGACGCAGCAGGAAUACAAGAAGGAGAAGCAGAAGAUCG